AUGGCAUUCUCAUCAGUAUCAGUUGCUAUUCAUCGAGAUAAUUCUCCAUCUCUUUCACCUCUAUCUCCAACUAUUAUUCAUUAUCAUAAAAAAUAUCAAUUAUCAAAAAUUUCACAACAAUAUCAUCGAAAAAUCGAACGACAUCAUCAUUUUCCUAAGCAACAACAAAUUAGAAAACCAAAGCAUAGAAAUUCUUCAUUUCAAUAUCAUUCUUAUAAUCAAAAAUCAAAUAAAGUUUCUCAACGACAACAACGUCAAUCAACUAGUUUAUGGGAAACACAUCGAAGUUCAAAUGGACGAAUUUAUUAUUAUAAUACGAUUACCGAUCAAUCGCAAUGGGAAAAACCAUCACGAGAUCAAUCUAGAUCAACAUCAUCUUCAAAAAGAUCUACUCGAUCUACAUUAAAUCUAAUAUCUGAUGAUGAUGAUGAUUUUCGAUCAGUUAAUAACAAUAAAAAACUAAAUAAUUCUAUAAAAUCUCGACAAGGAAAAGAUAAUAUCGAACAUUUUGAAGAAUUUCUCGAAGAAAAAACAACUCCAACAUCACCACCACCAAAUGAAAUUAUUCAAAUUGAUCGUGUUGAUCCAUUUCCAACAUUCGAUACUUCUCAACAACAAUCAUAUGAAGAUACAUUCAAAAAUUCACAUUUACAACCAAGUCUAAGUACAAUCAAUGCUAUUUUACAAUUACAAUAUUUACAUUCGAAUUCAAAUGAUAUAAAACAAUAUGAUCAUAGUAAUUUAAAUGAACAUUUACUUAAUUGGCCAAUAACACAAAAUGAAUGUGAAAGAAUUCGUUUAUCCAAUGAACAAAUUCGAAUUGAAACAUAUCAAUUAAUAUCAUUACGUACAGAAUUAUAUAUUCUUCGACUUCGAUUUCAACGAAAUCGUUUCUAUUUACUUAAAUAUUCUCAUAAAUCAUAA